AUGGCUUCUGCGGAGAUCAACUGGGGCACACUGAUCAAUUCAGACAAGAGCCCAGCCCCACUGUUGGAACAGUUAUGUCUCGGGAUCGCACAGUUGAUGCCUACUUUUGAUUCCAACGGUACUAGUGAUAUCACCCCCGAGCGACUGGCUGCCUUCUACCGCAAAGUCGGCGGCAACUACGAUCCCUUGUUUCUCGAAACCAAGACGCACGCACUCUCAUUUAUCUACCAGUCGCUGGGAUGUUUUCACAGUCUCCAGCCUUCAGCGAAUCCGUACGAACCCCCAUCAGUUCCAUCGUUACUUCCGAAUGGCUUUGUGCGAUGGCAGACAAUUCAACUAUUGAUGGACCCCGAUGAGCAUUCGUUGUAUCUGCAGAAUGCUGUCAGUCUCUGGGACAUCGCAGAUGCAAAUGGCGAGAUCUUCCCCAAGUCAAUUCCUCGAGACGCGUUUCCUUCUGAACCAGACCCUGAGAUGUUGGAAUGGCACGAAGGCGUGAGUCGAAGGUUGGAGCAUGACUAUUUGAAAAAACAUGCGAAACAUGCGUCGCCGCCAGACUUUGGAACAUAUCAUUAUCAUUUCAGCGGCAAGGAUCCUUUGCCAGACGAGGACGACUACUUCUCCAAGAAGUCACGGCGGGGGGCAUCAAAGCGUCAAACCCAUGUGGAGCCUGAACGGCCCAGCGGUCAUCGUCAUCAUCGCCGAAAUUACAGUGGAGAGUACCCUAAAUUCUCCUCAAAACGAUCAGGGCGCACUCGCCCAGGAUUCUCCACACCAAGGGUUUCAUCUCCACCGCCGUGGGGAGGGGAACGCCCACCUCGUUCCAGCGGCCGGGAUAGAACUUCUGGUUAUAGCCAUCCUCUGAGCCCAGGGACAGCGGAAAUGCCAGAUCCCUCUGAUCUAUCUUCGGACGAGUCAUUCCGCAAGCCAGGGUAUCGGGCAAACAUGCAUAAGCACCGCCAGCGACGUCACCUAUCCCCUCCUCCCAGCAGCGGCGCCCGGCGCCACUCCCACGAAGCUUACACCCGCAGACCGUUCAGAGACCCGUCACCAACAAGCCCCCGCCGCGAGCGUCGCAGUCAUGAAAGUCACUCUUCCCGAUCCAGCGGCAAAUCCCAUUCAGAGACGUCGCCCAGGUUCCGCGUAAGAGAUCCCCCGCGGGAUUACCCGAAGGACCGUUCCCGAUCACGAACAGCCGGCGUGAAAUUCCGCGAGUUCAUCUUCGGCGAUCCAAUCGCCACACCCAUAGCCCCGGACCCCCCGCUUUACAGAUCGUCAUCACCACCUCCGCCAAGACCGGUACCACGACAUCUAGGCUCGUACACCGCCGAGGAGUUAAGAAGAGGAAGCUACAGUGGUGGCAGUACAGGUAAUAGUCGCCCAAGUAGUGGAAGCGGAUCCGAACGCCAGCGAUCGUAUAGUAGUGCAGGAUUCCAUCACCGUGGCGCUGGGUGGGCGAGCCCUCGGAGCUCGCCUGCAAAGCGAUAUACCCCUGCGACGGUACCAGAGGAUGAUGGAUACAUUCCCUCGCGGAGGGUGCCGAUUUACGAAUAA